AUGAAAUUUAUUGAUAUCACUAUAACUGCAGUCACUGCCAUCGCGAGUGUCAAUGCAAUCGCUGUUCCAGAAUCCGACCACACUUUGCAAGCCAGAUCGAUCCCACAACCAAACGAGUCUCAAGUAUUGCUCGAGCGUCGUUCACCUAGUAGCUAUGGUGGCUGGGGCAAUGUGGCUGGGGCAGUAGUGCGUGGAACGGCGGCUGGGGUAGUAGUAUGGGUAACUGGGGCGGUGGUUGGGGAAACAGUAUGCAACAAAGAUGGGGAUGGUAAUUGGAAUACUGGCAUGACACCAUUGGAAUGCUACUAA